AUGGUUGAAGGAAGGAGACAAAAAUACUUCUUUUCCCAUAGUUUUACGUCACAUAUAAGAAGAUUAAACAGAAUCAAGCAUCUGAUGGUUGAUAGAGUCUUAACUGAUGACAGAACCAAAAUCAAGAAUAAUAUCAUUAACCAUUUUCAACAUCUUUUCAAAGAAGAAUUGGUAACCAGACCACCAAUAGAAGACCUCGAAUUUGGUUGUAUUUCUGAAGAAGAGUCCAUUGCGGUUGAGAGCGAAAUCUCCGAAGAGGAAGUUGUUGAUGCUAUUAAUGAUCUUGAAGCUGUUAAAGCCCCCGACCCUAAUGGAUAUCCAAUUAUAUUCUUUAAGAAGUGUUGGUCUUUCCUUAAAGAGGAUGUUAGGAUUACCAUUGCUGAGUUCAACACCGAAGGUAAAAUCAAUUCCUUGCAUUAUGCCACUUUUAUUUGUUUAGUGCCCAAGAAGAACCAUGUGGAAAGUGUGCUUGAUCUUAGGCCCAGUAUUUACAAAAUCAUCUCUAAAGUUCUUGCAACUAGACUUCGUAUUUUGAUUCCUAAGAUCAUUUCAGAAACCCAGUUUGCUUAUGUUGAGGGAAGACAGAUUCAUGAUAGCAUUUUAAUUGCCAGUGAACUAGUUGAUUCAAAGAUCAAAGAUAAAACUCCUGGAAUUAUUUGUAAAAUUGAUCUCGAAAAAGCAUUUGAUAGGAUCAGUUGGUCGUAUUUGCAAGAGAUUUUAAGGAAAAUUAGGUUUUUAAGAUAA